UCAAUUUUUUUUCAUAUGAUCAAAUUUCAAUUGCCCUGUUUUUUAAAAUUACAUCACAUUUUUUGCCACAAAAUUAGAAAAAUAAUUGGCUGUUUAUUCAGGAAUAGUUUUAUGCUAGAUAUUAAGUAAGUGCGCAAUAUAUCAUAUCAGUGGAUUGCAAAAUUGCGGUGUAAAUAAAAAAUUCAAAAGUUAUAACCAGAAAUGAGUGAUCAAGACAAAACCAACCCCAAAAAUGAGGAUAAAGAUAAGGAAUUAGCGGAUUUAUUGGACAGUGCUCUACAAGAUUUUGGUGGGACCAAAAAUGAAAAUCAAAAUGAUAAUUCUGCUACAGAAAGUAAAGAUUCUAAUGAAGUAGUAAAGUCAGAUGCAGACCUGCCUCAAGAAUGGUCAGCUGAAUAUGUCCAGCAAGCAGCAAUGCAGUUUGAAGAAAACUUUGCCAAACUAAUUUCUGGUGGAGACCCAAAUGCUACAGUUGGUCCGGAUGUGGUGCAGGAAAAAUUAAAACAGAUGGCGGAUGCUGCUCAACAAGUGCUAGCAAAUCCCACAGAUGUUUCAGACCAGUCUGUUGACUUUGCUGCUAGUAUAUCACAAGCAAUUGCAGGUUUAAGCCAAGGACAAGAGAAUCUCAGAACGCCAGGAUUUAAUGAAGAAGACCUCAUGAAAAUGUUCGGAGGUGGAGGUGGGGCUGGAGGACAAGAGGCUGAUUUUUUACCUUUUAUGCAAGGUAUGAUGCAGGGUUUAUUGUCCAAAGAAGUCUUGGGACCUAGUUUACAAGACUUUAUAGAGAAGUUACCCCCUUACCUAGAAAAAAAUAAAGAUACCCUCUCUAAAGAAGACGCAGAACGUUAUGAAAACCAAAGAAAACUUAUGGAAGAAGUCUUGGAAGAAUUGAAUAAAGAGCAAGAGACUGAUAGCACUGAAGUUAAAAAGGAAAGGUUUUCAAAAGUGCUGGCCCUAAUGCAAAAGCUCCAAGAUUAUGGGCAACCCCCAGCUGAAUUAGUGGGUGACGCAGAUGCCCCAUUCACGUUCGAUCCUUCAGGAAAUCCCCUGCAAAUGCCAAACUUACCUGACCCCACUGGAAAUCCCGAGUGUUGCAUUAUGUGAUUUAUGUAAAUAAUUAUUGUUUAGAUUGUGGUAGUCAGGCAAAUCGAAAAAUUAUACGUUUUUUAAAUUUUAA